CGACAGCAACAAGAGCAGCAGUAGUCGUAGCAGCGGAAACCAGUCCCAACGCCAGUUCGCCGUGGUGCCGCUGAUGGAGCCACCUUUGAUAGUGGUGGAGUGAAAUUGCUGUGUGUCGCGGCAGUACUCGCUACUGUUCCGUAGGCGAAGUGUUUGUUGGCCGAUUGGAUGAAGAAGUCAACGCGUGUCGUGGUUAGGCGGUGCUAGUGCGUACCGGGGCAACGGUGGCAUUCGUAUUUGCCGUUUGUUUGUCCAUGUUGAUCCAAUUGCUCGAUCCGUCAAUUUGUUCGUCCGACGCUAUCGUUGUUGUUGCUGCUGUCGCUGUAUGCGACCGCAAGAGGAUCUUGGUGCAUUAGUACAUCAGUUUACUAAACGCUGAUAAAUAGACUGGCGACAACGACGCUAUAAAGGAAGGUAGAAAAAGUUUGGCAGUUUUUCGAAAUUCGAUCAAACAGGUGCGAGAAAACACGGACGAGUUGAUCAAAACUUUCCACUGCUGUCGGUCGUUGUCGUCAACUGAAGAGGAGAAAAGUCUAACUUUUUGACUACGUUAUUCUUGAGGAGGGGAGUGGCAACUACUUUCUACGCUAGUCUUGAUCUCAAGUAGCAGCAUUCGAACUUGUCCGACAAGAACCUUCAGCCGCAAUCAUCUAAGCCACAGUAAUACAUGGACUAACAUCAGAAACCUCAUGCUCAGCGGCAUAAGUACAUAAUAGGUUACUCUGCUAAGACUUCCCGACAUAGACCUCCACUAAACGAUCGCCAAAAUGCCGAAGCCGGUCAAUGUACGGGUUACGACGAUGGACGCGGAGCUGGAGUUCGCGAUCCAAGCGUCAACUACAGGAAAGCAACUCUUCGAUCAGGUAGUGAAAACUAUUGGCCUUCGAGAAAUUUGGUUCUUCGGUCUGCAAUACACGGACACAAAGGGCUGCACUACUUGGCUCAAGCUCAACAAGAGGGUCCUUUCUCAAGAUGUGAAAAAAGAAAAUCCGCUCCUUUUCAAGUUCCGAGCAAAGUUUUUCCCUGAAGAUGUCGCCGAUGAAAUUAUUCAGGAGAUCACACUUAAACUGUUUUAUCUUCAGGUUAAAAGUGCCAUCCUUACUGACGAGAUCUACUGCCCACCAGAGACAUCAGUACUCUUAGCAUCAUACGCUGUGCAAGCUAAGUAUGGCGACUAUAAUUCAGCGAUGCACACGGAAGGAUGUCUCGCCAAUGACAAGCUUCUGCCCCAGAGAGUUAUCGAACAGCACAAACUAACAAGGGACAUGUGGGAUGAACGUAUCACGAACUGGUGGAUGGAGCAUAAAGAGAUGGCAAGAGAUGAUGCUAUGAUGGAGUACCUUAAAAUUGCCCAAGACCUUGAAAUGUACGGAGUGAACUAUUUCGAAAUUAAGAAUAAAAAGGGUACAGACCUCUGGCUUGGCGUUGAUGCUCUAGGUCUGAACAUCUACGAAAAGGACGAUAAGCUAACUCCUAAGAUCGGUUUUCCCUGGUCGGAGAUCCGUAACAUUUCAUUUAACGACAAGAAGUUCGUGAUUAAGCCGAUUGAUAAGAAAGCACCUGACUUUGUAUUCUUCGCACCACGGCUCAGGAUCAACAAGCGAAUUUUGGCUCUUUGUAUGGGCAACCAUGAGCUCUAUAUGAGGCGCAGAAAGCCUGAUACUAUCGAAGUUCAACAGAUGAAACAGCAAGCGGCCGAGGAGAAGACCUCUCGUAAACAGGAGCGUGAAAAGUUGAAAAAGGAGAGCGAACUUCGCGCCGAAGCGGAGCGAAAACAACAGGAGUACGCCGAGCGAAUAAAGAAAAUGCAGGCUGAAAUGGAAAGGCAUCAAAAAGAAUUGAUGGAGGCUCAGGACACGAUCCGGCGUCUAGAGGAGCAGCUCCGCCAGGUUCAGGCCGCCAAGCAGGAAUACGAAGUAAAACAGCUCGAGCUGCAAAAGAUGAUGGAACGCCUCCAGGAUGAAAAGCACAUGGAAGCCGAUGCCAAGGCCAGACUCGAGCAGGAAAUCAAGAGCAAGGCCGAAGAGGUUGAGAGCAUUAAGCGUGUCGUUGAAGAAAAAGAUGCUCAGACCAAGAAGCUCCAGGUGGAAGUCGAAGAAGCUCGACGCAAACAACAGGAGGUGGCCGCAGCUCUGAUAGCCGCGUCGUCGACGCCCGAUCACCACCACGUUGCCGAACACGAACAUGAUGAGCAGGACGACGAGACUACAGACAUCCAGACGGGCGACCUUAACUACAGUGGUAGCAAUGAACAUAUCCCACGACCGGAAGAAGAGCGUAAUACCGAGAUUAGCAAGAAGAAAACACUCAACGAUCAGCUAACUACACUUAGCGCGGAACUGAAUGAACUGCGUGAGGAUAGUAAACUCACUCAGGAGGACCUACUGCAUCAAGACAAUCGCAAGAAGGGGCGUGAUAAGUACAAAACCCUACGCGAGAUCCGCAAAGGCAACACGAAGCGCCGUGUUGAUCAGUUCGAAAACAUGUAAGAGAGAGAAAACGAUCCAAAAAGAAAAUCUAACACUACGGGACAAUUUCGAUGGAAACAAGAAAAAAAAAACAGUCUUUUUGUAAUAACAAUUAACUGGGGAAAUGAAAAACAAACAACCGGCGUAGAUACAUAACGUCAUACGACUGUGACUGCAGUAAUACCGCUUCUUAUAAACGACGACAGAGUAAGCAAUAGUGAAGACAGCAGCAGUAUUCGUAUUGAAGCAUGUGUUCGAAAAUUUCGAGCUGUGCAAAACGAUAAAAGAAUUAAAAGAAAAAACUGAAAAAAUUACCGAGUCAACGCAGACGAUCGCUCAGUGCGUAACUAUUGUAUACUCACAUGCCGUUUGUAAUUGGCCAUUGUUUCCAGUUCCCCUGCCGUGUCCAAAUUAAUUUGAAGUUUUCGGCAGCUCGAUUGACCUUGCUGUUAUCCAGUCUACAUACAAUAGCACGAUUCUAUCAUGAAGGACCACAAGCUUAUGAUCAAGAGCAAAUGUUCUUGCGUGUUACAAAAAAAAACAGUUUUUACUUAUGAAUUGUUCUUUUUGCAUGGAGAUAUAACCCUGCCGAGCCAUAAGUUCCAUCAGCACGUGCUUGUUUGCUAGCUAUUUGGAAAAGAAGCAUCUGCACUUAUAUGAAGUACAGAAGGGAGAGAGAGAGAGAAAGAGCGAGAGAGAGCGAGAGAGAGAAAUUGAGGUAAUCAAUUACAUCCUACGAAUGUUAAUGGCGAUAUACUACUGUUAAUGAUAAGAAGAAGAUAGGGAGGUACGAAAAAUGAAAUACACGUACAACAGCGUACACGCAUUGGAAAAAAUCGAUUAAGCUGUAUCUGUUUUUUUCUCCAAAAAUAGGAUACUGUAAAAUACGAGUCACGAGCAGCGUGAAGCGGUGUAAUCCUAUAUACGAACUCCAUACAAAUGCAAGAGUUAUAUACUCUAUAACUACUAUUGUUAUCGUUACCAUUAAUAUAAUUCGAUUAAAUAUAAAAGGUUAAAUAAAAAUUAACAGACGAAUUACUUAGCAGCACAUUAAAAACGUUAUAGGUAGCAGGCAAUGCUAUGACGAUGCGAGAAAAAAGUUUUUCUUGAGUAAUUUUUUAACAAUGCAUAUAAACCAACAUAAGUUAUUAUUAUCACUGCGAUACAGUGGGUUGGCCCAUCCAGUUACGUUGCGUUGUCACUUCGCUUGUCCAUAGUAGUCAUUGCGUGAGACGUUCAAAUAAAGGUACACUACCUUCGAUUUCAUAAAUACGAUAAUAAUUAGCUCCUACUGAUGAUUUACUGUUUUUCCAUUAAUACGAUGGUGCAUACAUGGUACGCCAAAAAGAAUGCUAACGGGUAAUUGUUUUUCCCUCCUAUUCGUUUGUACUAGCCUUCUAAUUUGGAGGACUCUAUUCCUAAAAACACAUUAGGUGGUUCAAUGAAUUUUUUCGUUUUCGUUAAGUAUAAGCAAAUAAAAAAAAUGUCGACUGUCUGUAAUAACGAAUGAAUACUACAGGAAUGCGUGAUCAACGGUGAUUAAUUAAGGUAGUUGUUCAGUAUCUGUCGUUUGUAGGUCCUAUGCUAAGGACUUAACGUAGGGCUAACAACAUGAAGUAAAUAUGGCAGAACAAGACCCUACUCAAGACUAAAUGUAGGUCCAAUGCGCAGAACUGUGCAUAAAAAAGCUACAAUUUUCGCGGGCUCCGCCGUACUUCUGUAGAUUUAUUCGGUUCUUAUUUUGUCCUGACGUUUUUUUAACAUUACCAUACAGUUUAACCGUUCUAACCACUGUAUGUGUUUCGAGAGAAAUAAAAUUGGCGAAAGUGAUAUUUUCGAUCAACUGAUGUAAACGGCUGCGACCAAGUAAACAGCGACAAAAUUUAAAAAAAAAAAGAGAAAAAUCAGAAUACCAGCGCCUCAUGGUGAGUGUCUACGACCGGCGUAUUAACGAUGGCGAUUAUCUGAUUUCUGUAAUAUUGUUUUAUUAUUAUAAUUUUACUAUGACGGGUACCAGCACUAGAUAAUAGGAAAGCGCGAGAGAGAAGCUGUUGAUGUAAAGUAGGUCACAGUGGACAAAUACGAUUCCAUACGGUCGUAAUAAUUAGUUUAUGCUGAUGAAGAUUUGAAAUCCAGAUCCGGAUGUUUACAUGAAAAAGUCGAGAAAUAUUACUUUUGACUGAGCUGCAGACCAUUGCAAUGCGAUUAGACAUAUCUCGAGAUAAAGGGCAAUACCCAUACAGUUAAAUAACGAAAAAAAAA